GGGCCCCCCCGCGGGCCCGGCGGUGGCCCCUCCUCCCGCCGCUCCUCGCGUCCCUCCCCGCGGGUUUGUGGCGCUGCGCCGGGGGAGGAUGAACGGAGGAUAAAUGGUGCCCAAGGCGGACAGCGGCACCUUCCUCCUCCUCUUUCUCCUGGUGCUGAGCAUCACCGAGCCGCUGCGGCCAGAGCUCCGCUGCACCCCGGGGCAGUUUGCGUGUCGGAGUGGAACCAUCCAGUGCAUCCCUUCAAACUGGCAGUGUGAUGGGUGGCCCACCUGUGAGGAUGAGAGUGAUGAAGUUGACUGUCCAGGCUUGACAGGGGACCAGCGAACUUACCAUGGGAAGGAGAAUGUGGACUCGAGGCACAGUCGAGGGAGAGGAGGGGACACAACUCGCUUCCACACCGUCAACGUGGCCCAGCCUGUCCGAUUUAGCAGUUUCCUAGGAAAGUGCCCAACAGGGUGGCACCAUUAUGAGGGCACAGCCAGCUGCUACAGAGUCUAUCUAACUGGGGAGAACUACUGGGAUGCUGUGCAGACAUGUCAGCGGGUGAAUGGGUCCCUUGCCACCUUCACUGCAGACCAGGAGCUGAGGUUUAUCCUGGCACAGGAGUGGGACUUGGAAGAAAAAACCUUUGUGAGGAAGGACCAGCAUAGUUUUUGUAGGUUCUGGGUUGGAUAUCAAUAUGUGAUCACCAAUCGAAAUCACUCUCUAGAAGGUCACUGGGAAGUGGCUUACAAAGGCUCUUCAGAAGUAUUUUUACCCCCUGACCCUAUCUUUGGUACGGCUAUGUCUGAAAAUGAAAACGUUCUUUGUGCUCAGCUUCAGUGUUUCCAUUUCCCUACCCUUCGGCACCAUGGUUUACACAGCUGGUAUGCUGAGAACUGCUAUGAGAAAUCUUCAUUCCUCUGCAAAAGGAGCCAGACGUGCGUUGAUAUCAAAGACAACAUUGUUGAUGAAGGCUACUAUUUCACUCCAAAAGGGAAUGAUCCCUGCUUGAGCUGCACGUGUCACAAUGGUGAACCUGAAAUGUGUGUGGCUGCUUUGUGUGAGAGGCCCCAGGGGUGUCAGCAAUAUCGCAAGGACCCUAAGGAGUGCUGCAAAUUUACGUGUUUAGACCCAGAUGGCAACAGUUUGUUUGACUCCAUGGCUGGUGGGAUGCGUCUGAUUGUCAGCUGCAUUUCCUCCUUCCUCAUCCUCUCCCUCCUGCUCUUCAUGGUCCAUCGGCUGCGCCAGAGGCGGAGAGAGCGCAUCGAGUCCUUGAUAGGGGCAAACUUGCACCACUUUAACUUGGGCCGCAGGAUGCCUGGUUUUGAUUAUGGUCCUGAUGGUUUUGGAACUGGCCUUACUCCACUGCAUCUCUCUGAUGAUGGGGAAGGUGGAGCAUUUCAUUUCCAUGAUCCACCUCCACCCUAUACUGCUUACAAGUAUCCAGAUAUUCAACACCCAGAUGACCCACCUCCUCCUUAUGAGGCUUCUGUCAAUCCAGACAGCAUCCUUUGUUCCACUCCAGAUGGAGUUCUUUCUCAGACUGUGCAAAGCAGUCCUCCAUCACUAGGAAACUGUGAUGUAUCCCCACAUCUUACAGAGGGAUCACUUCCUCCCUCAGUUGGUCCUUCCCCAGUGGAGCUGGAAGACUCUGCUGAUAGCAGCACCUUUCUUGUCCCUCCUGACACAGGACUGAAUGAGAACACCCCGGCAGAAACUCUGACAGGCACCCGUCACAGCCACUGUUCCCUCAAUACCAUUGUAUAAAGGAGUCAAAAAACAACUGCCGGUCAGAAAUAGUUUUAGCAACUGUUUGCACAGACAAACACUAAAAUCCGUGGUUUGAACUUCAGAAGGAAUCUCUCCACUUUGUUUUUUGAACACUGCUUUUAUGUUCUAGGUUAGGAUCGUGCCUCUCGUUUUUUUGGCUGUCAUUACUCAUUCACUAAUCGGUUCGUCCUGUAAAUAUGGAUUGUAUAACUGCUUUUUUUUUUUUCCAUUGGCCAUGGAAAAGAUUGCAGAGAAUUCCUUUGACUUCCAAGGAGGUGAAAAGUAUGAGUAGUUUGUUUUGGGUUUUUUUGGUUGGUUGGUUGUUUUGUUUUUUUUUGUCUUAACCUGAGAGGAAACAAAAUCUACAUCAGAAAAAAGCUGCUUGGAUUUGACUGGAUGCCACUGGACCCAGGGAAGAGACGAUGGCAGAGUGUGAGCAGUCACCAUUCAACCAAUUGCUUUCUCUCUUGCUUCAGUGCUGUGCUUGGAAAAGGCAGAGAAGAUGGAACUGAAGGGAAAGGGGCUGGGGCCUGUUCUACAGAGCAGGAACACUGGGGAGUUAAAACACAUGCCACCAAGUAAGAGUUAACACUGUAUAAAACAUUUGCCUGUUUUGAUCUGCCUUGCUGUUUCAGAGCACCCUAGGGACUGGAGGAGGAAUCAUUUACACAAUUUGUGGCAACUGGGUACUAAGAGAAUGAGAAUUUGCAAUUACAAUUAUUUGUUGUUGGUAGCUGCAAAAUUUUGUAUUGUCAGGUAAACGUCUGACCCAUUAAGAAAACUGGGUCUGCAAAAUACUCAUGUCCCUUUGGUAGAAUCUUCACAAGUGUUGGGUAGCUAUAAUCCCAUAAGGAAGACAGAGGUUGUUUUGAUUUGGGUUUUUUUGGGGGGGGAGUCUAAUUCCUUUACAAUGAACAGUUGUACAAUACUGGCCUGGAUAAAAGACCAUUAUUUCUGGUUUUCUUAUCCUAUGCUAUAUUUAGUGACUGUGCUCACUUCCCUCCAUUUUACUUCUUUACAGUCUUACAAAUACAUUUUAAAACAGUGAUUGACAUGCACUAUAUAUGAUGUUUCAUUCUAAUUGGACACUUGUUUCUUAUCUGAGUCCUAUAAAUUGCCAACCCAAUUCUAGGGAUUUCUCCUGUGCCCUCAAACCAUUUAUCCAGGUCCAGUGAGGGGUUAUAACAAGGUUAGUGUACUUCAAUCAAUAAAAAUGCAGUUUGCUUCAGUCUGAUACGUCAUCCUAAAUUUCCCCCUCAGACUGAACUCUUUGCAAUAAGUUAAUUUACAGAUGGCAAAACGAUUAAUUCAGUCCCUCACUAAACCCAAAGUCAUGCACUGUUGGUUUUGAUAAUGAGUGCAAAAUAAUCUUUGCAGGUGAUUUAAAUUUAAGUUUGGGUUUCGGUGUACAAAUAAUUUACUUUUCCCCCCCACCCUCUUCUCCUUGACUUAUGGUAGCAGUUGGCAGAUGAGCAAAAUUACAAGGAAUUUGUAAAGAGUGCCUCUCAUGAGUAUUCUCCUGUUACCUUAUGAAGGGCACAAGCCUAGAGGGACAGGAAGCAAAUGCUGCAUGGGGGUGUGUACAUGAUUUAUUUUUCUAGUAACGAUGAGAAAUCAUGCUGUAUGACAAAUCCUGGCCCACUGUUGUGGUUUCCCAGUGCAGCUGACUCUUUCCCCAUUUAAUGCUGCUACGUUCUAUUCUGUGUUCUGCCUGUAGGCUUAUACUGUACUUGGGGAUUGGUCUUGACAAUUCAACUCCUUUUGCACAGAAAACUGUGAGUUUUGUUACUGUGCUCAUAUCUGGUGUCUUGACACUCAGACACCUGCUAGCAAUCUUCAAUCCAUGGGAGAGCAUGAAUCAGAGUCCUGGGCUGUGCUGCUGGCACAGGGGUGGGAGGCAGCACUGUUGGGAAGCCUCUGCCUGGAGCUGUGCCCCACCCCUCCUGCAUCCUGCUCUCUGCUUUGUCUGCCUCUAACAGCAGUGGUGUGAAGAGAGAGGAGCAGUUCUCCACCCUGUGGGAUCUCUUGUCGUCUCCUCUUGAGUUCAGGUCCUGGUAAUGAAGUAGAUGGGUAGCAGUAGUCAGAACCAUGCAUACAAAUCACUGAGCAUUUCUGAAGUAUGAAAAUAAAGCGGGUUUUGUGCAUUUUUGUGCACAUCCAUACGUUUUAUACAUUGUAUGUACUGAUUUUUCUUUAGUUUUAUAGGUAUGAAUGCGUGUGUGUGUGUGUGGGUGUGUUUCUGGGUGGUGAGAGUAUAUAUAUAUCUAUACAUACAUACUGUAGAUGGUAACCUUUGUGCUGAGUCCAGCUAGGUGAAGCUAAGCAUUGGGAUAUAAACUAGGCUCUUAGGGUUAAUACUUCUCUCAAGCUGGCUACACUCUGUUGUAGGACAGACUGUGAUAGUGUACACUUAAGUAGGAUGCAGAGUCUAUGCUACUACAAUCUGUUCCUGAAAAAUAUUUUGUUAGCAGUGCAGAAUAGAAUACUUCCAAUUUCUUUUGAAGCCAGAUGGAAUAUUUGUUCCUUGUAGUAUCUUAGCGCAAUAACAAAAAGCCAUUUGGCUUGGUUUAGUCUCUGAAGCUGUGUUUGUGGCUGAGGUGAACAGAUACCUUACCUCACUCUUUGUAAUGUUGUGGGAAUCUGUUCGGUGUUUUUUUGUUUGGUUUUGGUUUUGUUUGUUUUUUUUUAAUUUUACUUUUGAAUUAAAAAAUAAGCUCUGUUACAACUGGCAACUUUAUGAUGGCUCCAGGUUGUAGCUAUUCCAAAUGGAGGCUUCUUUGUAGAAGCCUCACUGUGAUAGUUUCCCCGUUGCUUCUGAGCCUUUCCCACUUCUGUAUUGGCACAGAGAGUGCUAUUUUCUCUCUUUCCUGCUAUCCUUCUUCAUCUUAACUGUAAACAAGGGAAAUCUUGCCUUGAACAGAGCAGCUCACUAAGUAUAGUUCAUUUACCUCUCAGUGAGCUUCUAAUUUGGCAAUAAAUUUGUCAUUUUUUUCCCUUUUUAAUGUAGCUUUUACGUUGAGUGCUUUCUCUUGAAGUGAGAGCCUUUGUAGCAGAAAACAUCACAACUAACUCAGACUUCUGGACCAACUGGGGAAGAGUUUUCUUGACAACAGUUGACUCCUCAGCAAACCUUCCUUGCCCUUGGCAAGGUGACUGAUAAGCAGUUUGUCCUGAGCAGCAAUUACAGAGGGUUGAUGCUUCCCUGAGGAAGACCUUUCUGGUUUGAUUGCCAUUAGGUUGAUGAGAUCUUCAGAGUUGCUUUGUGCAUUUAUUUUUUUUGUUGCUGUUUUGGGGUUUUUUUCUUCCCCCACCACCAUUCACUUCUCUGGAUGUUUUUCCUAACUUUACUGAUGCAUCCCAAAUGUCCUUCCAGACCCAGCAGAGGAGGUAGAAUUACCACAUAAUUCCCAGCAGCACACAUGAGCUCUUGGGAUGUUGUUGCCCACAGUAGCUGUAAAGUAACAUCACUCAGUUCUGUGCAGGGCUUGCACCUCCUCCCCUUGUGGCCUGGGAAAAAAACUGCUCCUCAGAUCCCCCAUCCUUAUGAAGUACUGUGGUGCCAUAUUUAGGUCUUUGCUGUUCCUACAAGAACAGCCCUAGAUGCUCACUUCUGUUGGUGUUACCAGUGAUACUUGUACACAGCCUCACAGAGCCUCUUGAUAUUUUACUGGGUGAGUUGUAGGGUGUUGUGAUGUCAGAAGGACAGUGGGUUUCAGUCUGUGCUAGAAGAUCAGAACUGUCAUUCAGAUCUACAAAGAGCUUGUCUGCAUUAUGUUCAGUCGUGUCUAGUUUUGAGCCUCAGACUAUUCUUUUACCCAUUCAUGGCAGGACAGUGAUCUAGAAGAAGAAUGAAGUAGGUGAAAAAUUGUUUCUGAAAGGUUAGUCUGACAGUCAGCCUCCACAGAUGUCACAGGGUGAUAGCUGCCUGUUCAAAUGUCUCUUGAGUUCCACUUGGGAAGACAAUGUUUUUGUCACCAGUAAUUACUGUUCUUUUCCCAUCUAUUGUUCAAUGAAUUUGAAACUAUUUUUAAAGAUGUUUUUAUCUUUCAGAUAGGGAUUUUCAGUGGCAAAGCACUGAAGUUUUAAUGCUGCCACACAAUUCAUAAUGCAUGUUUCUCUUCAGUUGCUGAAAUGUCUUUUUUCCUCCCUAUCCUAAGGAGCACACAACAUACAGAAAUGUCUUAAGUUUCCCUCGAAAGCUGGGAGCUGGACCUUAAAACUAGAACAGGUUAGUGUAGAGGAGGCAGAUCAAAAUUCAUACGUUUUGCUUCUGACGUUCCCCAUUUCCAAAUGAAAUACAGGUUUCUUUGGAAAUGGAGGCUUUCAGCAGUCAAGAUCUGCUUCCCCCAACAAGAGCCUGCAUUACCUGCCUGCUACGGUACGACAUAGCUUUAAUUUUCCAGUAUUGUGCACCUUGAAUGUUGAGUGGGCUGGAGCUGAUGCCAGUGGAGAUGCUGCGUGCGUCGCUGUGCUGCGCCCUGCCCUGAGCUUUGGGCUGGCCUGGGAGGCUGUGAGAGAGAAUGAGACACUGCUUUUUACCUUCUCUUGGAAAAUAACGUAGCCCACGCUGCAUUUGCAGGCUUCUCCUGUGUAGUUGGUUUGUGACUGGACUUAACUGUGGCAUUGUAUAAAAGAUUUUGAUAUUCUGUGAAAUACCAUGUAGAAUUUAAAUUUGAUACUAUAAUAAUUCAGUCCCUGUGACACUGUUUCUUUGUUUUAACUUCUUCCUUUGGGGUUGGCACUAAUCUUUUUUUUUUUUUUCUUUUUUUUUUUUCCUCAAGAUGCUGUGAGAAACAUUUCAUCCAAAUGCCAAAUAAACUGUGUUCUGUAAGA